UUCCGGGAGGCCGGUAGCGCCGCUGUCGGUCGCGCGCGCGCGCGAGGGGGCCGGUCGCCUCGGAGGGACUCGUCGGGUCGCGGACGCUCGCCGCGGGCCGCACAGCUCAGUGCCGACACGGUCAGCCAGCCCCGCGGCGUCCAGCAUGGACUUCGAGGACGAUUACGUACACUCUGCUUCCAGGAAUACUUACCAGGGCUUUAAUGGAAUGGAUCGUGAUUAUGGCCCUGGAUCUUAUGGAGGGCUGGAUCGUGACUAUGGCCAUGGAUCCUAUGGGGGUCAAAGAUCCAUGGAUUCCUACCUAAACCAGUCCUAUGGCAUGGACAAUCACAGUGGUGGUGGUGGGGGUAGCAGGUUUGGACCUUAUGAGUCUUACGACUCCAGGUCUUCUCUGGGUGGGCGAGAUCUGUACAGAUCUGGCUAUGGUUUUAAUGAACCCGAACAAAGCCGCUUCGGAGGUAGUUAUGGUGGUCGAUUUGAGAGCUCCUACCGGAAUAGCCUUGACUCUUUCGGAGGUAGAAACCAGGGCGGGUCUAGCUGGGAAGAACCUUACUCCCGUUCAAAAUUGAGGCCUGGGUUUAUGGAGGACAGAGGAAGAGAGAAUUACUCUUCCUACAGCAGUUUUUCUUCACCCCAUAUGAAGCCUGCACCUGUAGGCUCUCGGGGGAGAGGAACGCCUGCUUAUCCUGAAAGUACGUUUGGAAGCAGAAACUAUGAUGCUUUUGGAGGACCAUCAACAGGCAGAGGCCGAGGCCGAGGACAUAUGGGUGAUUUUGGAAGCAUUCAUAGACCUGGAAUUAUUGUUGACUAUCAAAACAAAUCUACCAGUGUGCCGAUUGCUACUACAAGAGGAAUAAAAAGAAAAAUGAUGCAAAUAUUUAAUAAGCCCGGGGGAACCUUUAUCAAGAAACCCAAGCUAGCAAAACCUAUGGAGAAGAUGAACCUCAGCAAAUCACCUGCAAAAACUGACCCUAAAAAUGAAGAAGAAGAAAAGCGGCGAGUUGAGGCACGGCGGGAGAAGCAAAGACGUAGACGAGAGAAAAACAGUGAGAAAUAUGGAGAUGGAUACAGAAUGGCAUUCACAUGUUCAUUUUGUAAAUUUCGAACCUUUGAAGAAAAAGAUAUUGAACUGCAUCUGGAAAGUUCUUCACACCAGGAAACAUUAGAUCAUAUUCAGAAACAAACCAAAUUUGAUAAAGUAGUUAUGGAAUUUUUACAUGAAUGUAUGGUGAAUAAGUUUAAAAAAGCUUCUAUUCGUAAGCAACAGACACUUAAUCACCCAGAAGCUUACAAAAUAAUUGAAAAGGAUGUUAUGGAGGGUGUCACUGCGGAUGAUCACAUGAUGAAAGUCGAGACUGUUCACUGUAGUGCGUGCAGCGUCUACAUCCCUGCCUUCCAUAGCUCCGUCCAGCAGCACCUAAAGUCUCCUGACCAUGUCAAAGGGAAGCAGGCUUAUAAGGAACAAAUAAAAAGAGAAAGUGUGCUGACUGCUACAAGCAUCUUAAAUAAUCCAAUCGUGAAGGCGAGGUACGAGCGCUUUGUUAAGGGAGAGAAUCCUUUUGAAAUUCAAGAUCAUUCUCAGGAUCAGCAGAUAGAAGGAGAUGAAGAGGAUGAAGAGAAGAUUGAUGAACCCAUUGAAGAAGAGGACGAGGAAGAAGAGGAGGAGGAUGAAGAAGUAGAGGAAGUGGGGGAAACAGAAGAGGUGGAAGAAGAAGAGGAAGGAGGGGAAGCUGGAGUAGUGGAGGGAGAAGGAGAUCUAGAGGGAGGGGAGGGAACAGCAGAAUCAGGGGAUGAUGAGAACGUGGGAGAAGCAGAGAAUGAGGAGGAGGAGGGGAAGGAGGAGUCUGCCUCCUGUCCUGCUGAGCAGUGUGAGCACAGUCAGGUGUAGUGUGUUAGACCUGAGUGGAGCUUUACACCUGUCCUACUGUAGAAAAGAGAAGACAUUUAAUAGAUUAUGAUAUUAAUUGAUACCAUGUUGCAUGCAUUCCACCUAUAAAAUUUUUUUUGUAUAAUUUCUAAAUGUUUGGCACUUGUUUAAUAAAAUGAAGUUAAGAUGAUUUCAGUUUAGUUUUUAUAGAUACUAAACUUAGAUAUGAUAAAUUGUUUGUAUGAUUUUUAAGCUUAAUUCUUAUUACCGUAUUGGUGUUCAGGAUAAUAGAUAUGUGUUGUUCCUCUAUCUGUUGUAAUCAAUUUAACUUAAAUGCUGCUCUUGGGAGUGAAACUUUAAGUGUGCAUUCAGUUUUUGAAUUCUUACUCUAGAAGAGAUGGAUUGGGCAAGUAUUUUGUCCUGAUUGUGGGUUUUUUGUUCUCUUUUGUUUUGUUUUUACAUUGAAUAACAGCAUUAAGAUGGCUUAACAGCUUUUGUGUACAGUUACCUUUGUAGCAAUAAAAUGUUUUCUUUUUUUUAAACCAAAACUUUCUCUUUUGAUUGCAGAUUAAACAUUUCAUCAGUUAGAUGAGUAUUUAAAAAUCAAUAUCUGCCUUAAUGUAUGAGUUUAGCUCACAAGUAUUUUAAGUGAUUGAGAAGACUUGAAACAUUUUUCCUCAAUCAUAUUUUAAAAGCGUGACUACUGUGUAUUUUCUAACACAUUUCAGAGGUCAGUCUGAAGGAACUUGUUUAUACUAGCUUUAGUUCGCUCUUUUCUCUGUGCCUAUGUCAAACCUUGGAAUCUUCCUGAAAAUACAAUUUAAUACAAAUAAUGUGUGCUCUUUUGUCGUGUCUGUUUACCUGGAGAACCAAGAGACAAGCUUUCUGUUUUUUAAAAAAUAAUGAAUUGUUUCUCCUUUACUCUUUCAAGUUCUUU